UUGAUGGUGCUAUUCAUAGAGCUGCUGGACCAAUGCUUUUAGAAGAAUGUAUCACUCUGAAUGGGUGCUCCACUGGUGAUGCUAAAAUUACUGGUGGUUAUCGACUUCCUGCAAAUUAUGUUAUUCAUACAGUUGGUCCAAUAGGAGAAAAGCCAGAUUUGUUAGAAAAAUGUUAUCGGAGCUGUCUAGAUGUUGCAAAAUCAAAUGGAAUCAGGACAAUUGCAUUUCCUUGCAUAUCCACUGGUAUUUAUGGGUAUCCAAAUAAAAAUGCUGCCAAUGUCGUUCUUCGAACUGUGCGAGACUAUCUAGAGAAAAAUUCCUCUUGUUUUGAUCGAGUCAUAUUUUGCCUCUUCCUUGAAGUAGACAUUGAGCUCUACAACUCACUUAUGCCUCAUUAUUUUCCAAAAUAGAAGGUGAUGUCUAAGUAAUUGUCAUUGCUGAAUUUCCAGUGCUUAGUUUUUGGCUCAUCUGAUGCGUUCUUUUUCUGCGUAUUGCUAGAUUCUUUAAUUGAAUUGAUGCAUUUAAACGAAAUGGAGUACCUAGAAGCAAAGGGGUGUAAGUGACAAAAAUAAAACGGUUUGAGAUAACUAGUACAAAUAGUUCAAAAAACUUUUAUCUGUUUUGCAACAAGAGAUGGUAAUAGUAGUCCUGGACACUGCUGCUACACAAUAUGAUGUAGAAAAGCUUUUCAAUGAAGGCUAGCAACAAGUUGAACUUUGCAGGCAUUUCACUCAAAACUUAAGAUUCUUACAUCCUUUUGCUUUUCGGUGCCUCAAAUGUAAUAAAUUAAGAGUUUAGUGUACAAAUGAUAUACAAUAUAAUUCCAUUAUGAUGAUUUAUAAGCAGUUCUUUGUGCACUAAAUAUAUUUUGUUUUGCUCUUUUUUUACAUGAUAGUUUCUUGCACUCUUCAUUACGCCUUAUAUGAUCUCAAAUAAAAAAUUAAUCUAAAGGAAAAUGUUUUUAAAAUUUAGUUUUUAUCAGAGUUUUUAUCAUUCAAAAAUAUUUUUAAAACCUGAAAAAGUACCUUUUCUGUCAUAAGUGAAUUCUGCUCUGUUAUUUUUUUUAAUGAUCUUUCAAAUAAUUUUCUGUUAUUCUUUAAUUUCUGCAGUUUUUAUGCUUUGUGAUUCUGUGCAUUUUAUUGUGAAUUGUUUGCUUAUUUUUUCUUUUUAAGAAAUAAAGGUAUUGAAAUAUUUUA